ACUACACUGAAUGGAGAAUAAAACUAAAUAUGAAUCAUAGCAGACGACUGUGUUAUAUCAAUAUUGAUAUUUAACGUGCUCUCUGUGCGUCACCACGCAGGCUGUGGGCGUGGCAGAGGGAGUCGACGGUUCUCGGCUGCUGAUUGGCGGUCACAUCACAGGCUGUGUUUGAUAACAUUGAGGCUCCGAAACAGGACGAGACGAGGACUGCGGCGUUAAGUAGGUUAUUAAUAACACCAUCAAUAACACCAGCAGGGGAGUAAAGCGUGCAGAGGAUACUUACAUAUCAAAGAAAAUCUCUCUACCUCUGCAUCCAGUGCUUUUCCAGUGUUUGUGCUAUCAGGGUGAUGUCAGCUGCAUGCCUCGGGCGCCUGGCAAGGUGCAGUGGUCCUCAUGUGGGACUUAGUGGUCUUUUACAGACGGCCCUAGUCCCAUUCCAGCAGGUCAGACACCCCCAGUUCACAAUCUUCCAGAGACAACUUUACAGCCCUUCAGGAAAACUGCACAGCAACACACGCUUUGAUGCAGACAGCAGUGGCCAACCCACUACUUGGGAUUCAUUUGGCAUCUGGGACAAUCGUAUUGAUGAGCCCAUCCUGCUGCCUUCCAGUAUUCGCUACGGCAAGCCCAUUCCCAAAGUCAGCUUGUCGAGGGUAGGCUGUUCCUCCCUCAUCGGUCAACGUAAGGAGAAUGAAGACCGCUUCCAGGUCUCCCAAAUGACUGACAGCAUCCUUUACUUUGCUGUGUUUGAUGGGCACGGUGGGCCAGAAGCAUCUGACUUUUGUGAAAAAUACAUGGAGAAAUUCAUCAAGGACCUUGUGGCGGAGGAGUCCAAUCUGGAAGUAGUUUUAACGAAGGCCUUCCUUGAAAUAGACAAAGCUUUUGCAAGGCACUUGCACUUCUGUCCAAAGGUACCCGGGAUGAAUGCAGGAACCACCGCCACUGUGGCGCUGCUGAGGGACGGCAUCGAGCUGGUGGUGGGCAGUGUGGGUGAUAGCCGCGCCAUGCUGUGCCGCAAGGGCAAGGCCCUUAAACUCACUGUGGACCACACUCCUGAUAGGAAGGACGAGAAAGAGAGGGUAAAGAAAAGUGGGGGUUUUAUCACCUGGAACAGUCUGGGACAGCCAAACGUCAAUGGCAGGUUGGCAAUGACGCGCAGCAUCGGAGACUUUGACCUGAAGAGCACAGGGGUCAUUGCUGAGCCUGAAACCAAGAGAGUAUCGUUGCACCACGCACACGACUCGUUCCUGGCGCUGACCACAGACGGCGUUAACUUCAUCAUGAAUAGUCAGGAGAUCUGCAAUGUCAUCAACCAGUGCCACGACCCCAAGGAGGCGGCUCAGAGAAUUUCUGACCAGUCUCUUCAGUACGGCUCAGAGGACAACAGCACGAUUAUCGUGGUGCCCUUUGGUGCGUGGGGAAAGCACAAGAGCUCGGACGCAACUUUCUCCUUCAGCAGAAGUGUUGUGUCGAGCGGUCGCUGGGCGUAGUCAUCAGGACGUCGGACGGAAAGGUUGUGGUGUGUGACCUAAUUCAUUUGUGCAAUACAAUCGAAAAAAACAGUGCCCUUGUGAAAACAUUAUAAAGAGUGUGGUUUGCCCGAACAAUAAUACCUAAGGAUUACAAUAUAUAUAUGAUAUAUGAUAUAUAUUAGCCUCGUUGUAGUAACAGGCAGUGGAUUCAUGAUGUGCACUCAAUCAAAAAUAUGCUCUUUUAUAAAUUAUUUUACCUACUAGCAAGCCAAUGACCUUAUGGUUGCUAAAAGCAGGUGCUUGAAUGGAAGACAUGUAGGGCUGUACCGAAUAGUUUGCAGCUUAACAACUUUGAUGAGUUGCAAUUUCAAAAAUAGUGCAUCUAGAUCGUUUGAAGCCUGCAGUCUUUCAAUUUCUCAGUCUCAAGGGUGGGACUACAUGCAUAGACGAGAGUGGGGAAAAUACAACAAUUGAACUGCGUUCAUUUGUCAAUUGAUUGGAAUUAAUUGAAUUCUUGCAUGAGAAUGCAAAAUCUACUUAAAGGUACAGUGUGGAGCAUUUAAGGGGAUCUAUUGGCAGAAAUGGAUUGUGAUAUCAAUAAGCAUGUUUUCUUUAUAUAAUGUGUAAAAUCACCUGAAACUAAGCAUUGUUGGGAAACCAAAUCAAACACUGGCUCCAGAUAUCACCAUUUGUGUUUCUGCAUCGGUCACCGUAGUUCUCCUACACGCUUGGCAAACCGGAGAAGUUUCAGUUGACCGCUAGACGUCUCCAGAUCCUACACACUGCACCUUUAAAUGUAAAUAGAAACGUCACCACUUCUGAAGCAAAUUAGCAUCACGACCAAAAUAAGUCAGGUCAAGGUUUUAGUAUCGGUACAGUUUCCUGAUCGUCAUCUGGGUCAAAGCUUCUAAGUAUUCUCUUCUACAUGUAUCUCCUCUUCUAAAGGCUUCCACUUAAACAAUGCACUUAAUGUUUUUCGAGGUAAUUAUAAUAAUUACUGACGCACCAAAAGUAAUGUCAAUGUUCAAUGGCACACUCUUGACGGUUCUGGCAAAAUCAACCCUGAAUGUUCUCUGAUCUUGUGAAAUAGUGUGAAUGAAGCUGCUUAAUGCUAUUUAAAUGAACAGCAUUUGAGUGGCUGCUACAAGAUAUUCAUGUUUUGUGCUGUAUGAGUGUUAAUAUCUGUACUGAUUUGAAACAGGUAUUGUGGGUGCACUAAGAAGUGUUCAGAGUAAAGAAAUGUACAGUGUAUGUUUUGUAAAUAAUUAUAUUUAUGUACAUCUGGAAAACUGGUAGUUCUCAUUACGUAACAACUCCUCCUAAAGAAAGUCUCCUAUCAGAGCAUUUCACCAACACAGGACUUUAGUUAGGUGCUUUCAUUGUGUAAAGCUACGUCAUUUAUAUUGUAACUUCUUUACAAUCUAAUUCCUCAUUUACACCAUUUAUGUGUCACUCAGAAAGAUCAAAGCACACUUAAUGCAACGCUAAAGAAUUGUUCAGCCAAGAGCCAUGUUUGACAAUGUGAAUGUUUGCUUGAAUGCCCUCCAUGACUAAGAAAUAUCAAUCAAACCACGCAGGGUAUAGAAGUUAUUGAGAUGUAUGAGUUGUCUUUGCUGACCUCGUGUGAGUGGAUACAUACACCGACUUAAACCAUCAGAUCGACUCUCCUGUUUUUGUUCACUGUUGAGCUUUUGUUUUGUGGUUGUUAAAGCUAGAGAAAUGCAACACUUCCUAUUUAUCCUCAUUGUUCUAUUUGCAAAUGUUGUGUAGCUAUCAGUUUUUUCCCUCAAACACCAUUUGUAGAUGUUUUGUAAAUACUGUUUUGCUCAUUCGCAUAUUGAAUGAAAACCUUGAAAUAUCAUAUGGACUUAUAAUUAACACGUCCUCCUUACAAACCUCCUUAUCGUUAAAGUUAUCUAUCACAGCGUGCUCAGUUUUAAUUUACUGUAUUUUGUUUCACUGCCUUUUAAAUACAACUAUUGUAACUGUGGACCUGUAUCUGGGACCUAAAUGUGACUGUUUCAACAACACUAUGUUAGUAAUGUAUUCCUGGUCUGAAUGGAUUGUCCCUUCAAUUAAAAACCUAACAUCAAAGAUGAUCAACACAUUUCAUUUCUUGUCCAUUUCAUCCAGAAACG